AUGGAUUCAACAGAAGAAGAAAACUCAAAGCGGCAUUGGUCCCUCGAAGACUUCGAGAUCGGUAAACCUCUCGGUAGGGGCAAAUUUGGCAGAGUCUACGUCGCCAGAGAACUCAAGAGCAAGUUUGUUGUGGCAUUGAAGGUUAUAUUUAAGGAACAAAUUGAUAAGUACAGAAUUCGUGAUCAACUGAAGAGAGAGAUGGAGAUACAAAGCAAUCUUCGACACCCCAACAUCCUGCGUCUUUAUGGUUGGUUCCAUGAUGCCGAGCGUGUUUUCUUGAUUCUUGAGUAUGCUCAUAAUGGAGAGCUUUACAAGGAGCUAAGAAAAAAGGGUCAUCUCACUGAGAAGCAAGCUGCUACGUAUAUGUUGAGCCUCACAAAGGCGUUGGCUUAUUGUCACGAGAAGCAUGUUAUUCAUAGGGACAUCAAGCCCGAAAAUUUGUUACUCGACCAUGAGGGUCGUCUUAAAAUUGCGGACUUUGGUUGGUCUGUACAGUCUAGCAGCAAAAGACAUACCAUGUGUGGAACGUUGGAUUAUUUAGCACCAGAAAUGGUUGAAAGCAAAGCUCAUGACUUUGCAGUUGAUAACUGGACUCUGGGUAUCCUGUGUUAUGAGUUCCUCUAUGGUGCUCCUCCAUUUGAGGCUGAGAGUCAAGCUGAUACCUUCAAAAGGAUAAUGAAGGUUGACCUAACAUUCCCUUCCACCCCUUGUGUUUCUUUAGAUGCCAAAAAUCUUAUUAGUCGGCUCCUGGUGAAAGACUCUUCACGAAGGCUCUCUCUUCAGAAGAUAAUGGAGCAUCCUUGGAUAAUAAAGAAUGCAGAUCUUAUGGUUAUCUGCAAGUAGUAUCAACUUUUGUCACAUGUUUUGGCUAUGGCCACGAGGGAUUAAGAUUGAAUUCUGUAUAUGAUGUAUUAAAAUG